AGAUCUUUCUUCUUACUUUGGGCUAUGCCAAUCUCUUCCCCUAUACUCCCUAUACUAUCGAUCAGGCUCCCGGGGGCUUGUCGUUUUUGUUUAGAUAGUUCUCUUUCAAUUGCGCGUCAGAUGGAUUGCUUCCCCACCGUCGGCAGGUCCCGGCUCAUUCUCUCCGGGAAUACCACCCUGUUGGCUCACCGUAGGGUGUGACGAUUCGGAAUCCCCCCCAGCUGACUGAAUUGGGUAAUGAUGGAACCGACGGAACUGAGUCUGCAGGUAGGGGGACGGGACCGACCCGUAGGACCCCCCCUGAGGAGUAGAAGGUCCCACAUCUUGGUACCCAAAUAAACUUCACUUUCCUUUUUAAGAAGAGAAUGUGUGGCUCAAAAAUUUUCUCUCUUAUCAAAUUCUAACCACAUCUGGUUCACUUUUCAACACUUUUCUUAAACUUCCUGAAAGUCAAACGAAGAAGAUCUUUUAGCAACCAAACUACCUAGCUUAUUAACCUGAGGACCAUCUGCUGAUUUAUUAUUUUAGUUUUUGAACAACAUUUUGCUCUAAAUUUUAUUACCAACUAAACUACCUAGCUUAUUUUUCUUUUCUUCUAAAUUUUAAUUACUUGAGAGUACAGAAAGUGCUGCUUCUAUUGAAUUACAACCUAAAUAUUUUGGAAGAUUUGAAGCACCGGCUGAACAUGGAAGCACACAUAGUGAAGAGCUUGAUGACGUUUCAGUUGCUGAUUGUCGCCCUGCACUUGAUUACAACACUGUCCCUGCUGGUGCUGGGAUCUCAAAAUGGAAACUUAAAGGAAAAAGGAAUAAUCGGAAUGUUGUGAGGAGGUCUUUUGAUGCAUUUGAGGCAAAUCGUUUCAGGACAGCCAAUAAUAUGACUGGUAGAUCCACUUCAGGUAAGGGUAGUUGCGGUGGCAGAAGCAAAGUUACUUCAUUCCUUAAAACAUCUGAGGCGCCAGUUGAGCAGCUCAUAAUUAAUGGGUCAAAGUUGGUAGAUGUGGAUUUGAAAGUGCAAGUAAGUUACCAUAGGCAGAGAGUGCCUAUGAUUUCAUUAAUGAGUAAGGUAAAUAAUGGACAGGCAAUAGUUGGGCACCCUAUCCCAGUUGAAGCUCUUGACGAGAAUUGUGCUUUUGAAAGUUCCUUAGGUGUGGCUGAUGUUUCCCCUGAAAAUGAUAGCUCACUGCAACUUGUAUGGAGGACUGCCCGAAGGACAGCUGGUGUCCGAGUUCCACGGCCUAAUAUUAUUUUAUCAUCAGGAUUGGAUGGUACCAAAAUCACCAAACCCCUAGCUGCCACUGAUAGUUCUGGGCAGAAACCGAGAAUGACAAGGAAGAACAUUUCCCGCCUUCCUCGCACAGUGAAAACAUUAUCUAGAAAGACAUCUAAAAGAAUUAGUUUGUCUUGUAAUCAUCAUCAUCAUCAGAAGAAGAUAAGAACUCUUUCAUCCAUUUCCACACAACAGAAACAGAGUGAUCUGAAACAAAUAUUCCAAGCAAAUGGGUUGAUGAAAGAAGAUACUGUGCCCACUGGGAUUGCUUGUAUCCCAGUAAAGCUAGUAUUCAGCCGGUUAAAUGGAGGUUUCGCAGGUCUUCCUAAGUAAUGAAUUUCAGAGGAAAAUUCAGAUGAUCAUAAUUAUCAGCAAUUGUAACUUGUAACCAAUAAUGACUUUUGUAAACUCAAACUGCAACACCAACCAUCUACUGCUGGGUGUUUUUUAUCCAGGCAGUGUGGGCCAGAACCUGUGCGCAUCACUUGUGAACAGUGUGUUUGACACACAGACGGCAGGUUGCUGCUAGGUAUGUGAUCUAUAUACAUGAGCUAUCUCACUUGUACAUCGAUGGUAUCUAUAGAUUUGUUGUUAUAUUGGCUCAAAAACAGAUGCAUUUAUGCACAAAAUGGAUAUAGUAUUUGUGAUCUAUAGUUGGUAUUUGAU